UGCACUGGGAGGGACUGGGGGCAACUGGGAUCCGCACUGGGAGCACUGGGAGGGACUGGGAGUCGCACUGGGAAUGCACUGGGUCAUACUGGGAGUUCACUUUUUCAUCCUGGGAGGCCACUGGGCCAUACUGGGGGAGGCACUGGGUCAUACUGGGAGCUCACCUUGCCAUACUGGGGGGCACCAUUUCAUACUGGGAGUUCACAAUUUCAUACUGGGGGGCACUGGGCCAUACUGGGAGCUCACUUUGCCAUACUGGGAGCUCACCUUUUCAUACUGGGAGGCCACUUCACCAUACUGGGAGCGCACCUUUUCAUACUGGGAGGCCACUUCACCAUACUGGGAGUGCACCUUUUCAUACUGGGAGGGCUCUGGGCAAUACUGGGGCGGCACUGGGCAAUACUGGGGCGGCACUGGGCCAUACUGGGGGGCACUGGGCCAUACUGGGAGCGCACCUUUUCAUACUGGGAGCCCUCUAUGCCAUACUGGGCCAUACUGGGAGCUCACCUUUUCAUACUGGGAGUGCACCUUUCCAUACUGGGACGGCACUGGGCCAUACUGGGAGUGCACCUUUUCAUACUGGGAGCCCUCUGGGUCAUACUGGGAGCGCACCUUUUCAUACUGGGGGGCACUGGGCCGUACUGGGAGUGCACCUUUUCAUACUGGGAUCCCUCUAGGCCAUACUGGGAAUGCACCUUUCCAUACUGGGAGCCCUCUGGGUCAUACUGGGAGCCCUCUGGGUCAUACUGGGCCAUACUGGGAGCGCACCUUUUCAUACUGGGGGGCACUGGGCCAUACUGGGAGCACACCUUUUCAUACUGGGGUGGCACUGGGCCAUACUGGGAGCCCUCUGGGCCAUACUGGGGGGCACUGGGCCAUACUGGGAACGCACCUUUUCAUACUGGGGCGGCACUGGGCCAUACUGGGAGCUCACCUUUUCAUACUGGGGUGGCACUGGGCCAUACUGGGAACGCACCUUUUCAUACUGGGGUGGCACUGGGCCAUACUGGGAACGCACCUUUUCAUACUGGGGCGGCACUGGGCCAUACUGGGAGCGCACCUUUCCAUACUGGGGGGCACUGGGCCAUACUGGGAGCUCACCUUUUCAUACUGGGGUGGCACUGGGCCAUACUGGGGGCACUGGGCCAUACUGGGAGCGCACCUUUUCAUACUGGGAGCCCGAUUUGUCAUACUGGGAGUGCACCUUUUCAUACUGGGAGCCCUCUAGACCAUACUGGGAGGGCACUGGGCAAUACUGGGGGGCACUGGGCCAUACUGGGAGCGCACCUUUCCAUACUGGGAUCCCUCUAAGCCAUACUGGGCUGUACUGGGAGUGCACUUUUUCAUACUGGGAGCGCACUUUUUCAUACUGGGAGCCCUCUAUGCCAUACUGGGGCAGCACUGGCCCAUACUGGGGGGGCACUGGGCCAUACUGGGAGCGCACCUUUCCAUACUGGGAGGGCACUGGGAAAUACUGGGAGCCCACUGAGCCAUACUGGGCCAUACUGGGAGCUCACCUUUUCAUACUGGGAGCGCAUCUUUCCAUACUGGGACGGCACUGGGCCAUACUGGGAGCACACCUUUUCAUACUGGGAGCCCUCUGAGCCAUACUGGGGGGCACUGGGCCAUACUGGGAGCGCACCUUUUCAUACUGGGGCGGCACUGGGCAAUACUGGGGGCACUGGGCCAUACUGGGAGUGCACCUUUUCAUACUGGGAGCCCUCUGGGCCAUACUGGGAGCCCUCUGGGUCAUACUGGGCCAUACUGGGAGCGCACCUUUUCAU